AUGGUGUCUGAACAGCCCGAGGUUGCCACCGAUAACCUGGACGCAAGCAGCUUGAGCUCUUCCACCAAGGCGCACCACAACCACCAGACAUGCAAUGCACAGGCGGACAUCUGCCGCAUCUGCUUCUGCGGAGUCAGCACGGAAUCGCUUUUGGCUCCAUGCAAGUGCAAAGGCUCUCUGGCCAAGGUGCACAAGACGUGCCUGGAGACGUGGCUGGGCAACCAGGCGAUCGACCAGUGCGAGAUCUGCAAGUUCCACUACGUGACGGCGCGGAGGCCCAAAGGUUUCCACGAGUGGCUCAUAAACUCGAGCACGCGGGAGGACAAGCAGAACCUUAUCGGGGACAUGGUGGCCCUGUUGCUGCUCACUCCCCUGGUGGUGUUCAGCCUCUGGCUGUGCACCGAGGGCGCCAUCCAGUUCAGCCACGAGGGCUUUCCGACCUGGGAGAGCGCCGGCCUCGUCUUCAUCACCAUCGUGCUCUUCGUCGUGUUCUGCGUCUGGGUCACGUUGCUGUACAGGUACCACUACACAAUCUGGAAGCAGUGGCGGUCCCAUAACUUCCACGUGAACCUGCUAGUGAAGUCGAACGCCCCGCCCGUCUCUGAGGAGGUGCCGCUCCCGCCAGUGGCGCAGCAGGAUGCUGAGACAACCUCCCAGGGGGACAGGGAGGAAGUUCCAAGCGUGGUCGUGGAGGGUGUACCGGACGUCCGGAACGACGUCGACGUGCCGGCGGAGAGGUCGAUCGAGUCGCCGUCGUCUUCGCCCAAAGAGUCUCCGCCGAAGUCCUCAAGUAGCACGCUCAUCAUCUACACCGAACCCGCGUGA